ACUUUCAGUGUCCAAGUGGUCAGAAGAACAAAACAAAUUCCGUAGCAUGUAAUCACUGCUAGAAGUGCCAAACAUCGCAACCUUCUACUAUCAAACAUAACAGCUACGGAGAACCCACAUCUUCCCGUUGGAGCCUUAAGAAAAGGUCCCCUUAGAUCAUGCGGGCGUUUUGUGUGCUCUUGGGGUUGCUUGCAUUUCUUGCUGGUUUAAUCACAGGGGAAAUAUUGGAGUUGGACGAUGACAACUUCGAGCAAACUGUCAAGUCCUCGCCUUUGGUUCUGGUGGAUUUCUACGUCCCUUGGUGUCCCCACUGUACGAACCUGAACCCUGAGUUCACCCAAGCUGAUAGUGUUCUUGCGAAGACACAACCGACUGUCCGUUUGGCCAAGGUGAAUUGCAACGCGUUCAACACCAAGAGAAUCUGCAAGGAUAACAACGUUCGCUUCCUCCCCUGGCUGGUACUUUUUUCGCAGGGAAAAUCUUUCAAACUUUACGGAGAUUUACCGAGAGAUGCUCCGACCAUCAUCAAGUUCAUGAACACCGCGGUGCAAAAACCGGAUCUCCUAGACUCGCUCCAGGACUCCACUCCACAGAACAAGAUGCAGCCGAAAGACACUUGUGACGAGGCUUCUAAAGACCAGGGGGCCGCGCCUGACCCAGCAUCCCCUGCGGUCCUCAACCUCAAUGACCAGAACUUCAACGAGACCAUCAAAAAGAACGAAUACGUACUGGUGGAUUUUUACGCGCCUUGGUGUUCAGAUUGCCAGCGUCUGAGCCCACUCUUCGACACAGCGGCGCUCCAGUUGAGAGAUAACAACCCAUCACUGCGUUUUGCAAAGGUUGUGUGUGACAAGGGGCACGCCGAUUCUUUUGGGGUGUGUGGUGAAGCCCAUCUCAAGUUCUUCCCGUGGGUUGUACUCUACCACAACAGCCAACAGGUCAAGACUUAUCCAUUCGAGAAUUGGCCAGACACAUCCGCAAUAUUCGACUUCAUUGAGGGCGGUAUGAGGGAUAGCCCACCUAACCCCGAGAACAAGGACCUGCCUUCCCAGAUAAAACAGAUAAAAAAAAGACUGGACCCUGACUCUGCAAGCGACAGUCUCAUGGCCAGCGACGGAGUCCCGGAUGAUGAGCCCACGUUACUAGAGCUGGAUGACUCAAACUUUGAGCCAGCGGUCCAGAAGCAUAAGUUUGUUUUGGUGGACUUUUAUGCACCCUGGUGCUUCCACUGUAAAAAGAUGGCGCCAGAUUACAAGGAUGUCGCUAAGGAACUACUCAUAUUAUCCCAUAAUUCAGUGCGCCUAGCAAAGGUCGAUUGCUCCGCAAAUAACAUGGCAACUAAGAAAACAUGCAAGAAAUAUAAUGUGAAGUUCUUACCAACUAUCUACCUCUUCCACGACGGAAAGUUUGUCGAGGAAUUUGAAGGCAACAACCGGAAUAAAAAAAGCAUCAAGGGCUUUGUUAUGGAUGCUGUUAAGGAAGCUGAUCCGUCUAUGAAGUUCAGCGAUGUCCCAAAGAAGAAAAAGAUGAAAAAUCAAAAACAAAAAUCCAUCAAAUUCGUCCAUAAACCCAUGAAAGACGAAGUGAAACACAUACAAGGCGGCGCAAAGGCUGAGGUACACGAUAAAGAGAAAGACAGCGGCUUGAAGGUCCAAGCGGGCCAAGCGGGCCAAGCGGACCAGAAGGAUCAAAAUGCAACAAACGAAAAAGCAAAAGAUAAAAAUACGAAACCGGAAAGCCUACAGGAAAUAAUAAAGAAAGUAGAAUCGGAGGAGAAAACUGUGAUUAACUCUACGGAGACAGCGAAUAUAGCGGCAAAGAAUGAGUCCAAGAAAGAAGAGAAAGCAAACGAUGCACCGCGGGACUCCAAGCCCGCGGACAGCGCCUCGACGGCAGCGGACGUCAUCCAAGCGGUUGCGCAGAACAUGCUCAAAGCACUUCAACCAAAUAAGGAAAAAAAUACCGCGACCCCAGCCAAGCUAGAGGACACUUUGCCUGAAAUUGUAAAAGAUCUACAUCAAGUUGCUCAGGACUUACACCAAGUCACACAAGAUCUACAUAAAAUGGCGGACCAGCAACCCGCCUUUGAGCGACUAGUGAAGGAACUGCACGACGUAGUGGCAUCCAAAAAGGCUGACAGCUCAACAAAAUAAUUAAUUGGCUAUUGACUAUUUUAUCUUAUAAUUCAGAAUUUUUUAAUUUAUAUGCUUUUACCUUCAUGCUACGCGGGCGUCGCUCAAUUACCCACAGAUUCAGCCACGCUCUGAGAGCCUUAUGGGUAACUUUAAAUUGGCGUCCUAAUGACUUCUGAAUUACCCAGAAGACCCUGAGAACGAGGUUGCUACCACUCUCUGCAGUGAGAGGGCCUGUGGAUAGAGGAAUAGACGUUUUUCAAUUCAAUGCUCUGCAUUCAUUAUGAGCAGUCGUAUUACAACCAUUUCACAUGGUAUUUUGACAUUUCAUCUUUCAAUUGUGAAGAAUUGUACAUAUUAUAGCAUACAUUGUGUAAAUAUAUUUUUUUGGCCGAAGCCAUUCUCGAGUCUCGUAAGAUGAAUUUGAGUUGUAUUGCUGUAGUCAGUAAUAUAAUAGGAACCUAAUUGCAAUAACGACGACAGGGAGACGUAGCCCAAAAAAUGCUUUUAUAGGACAUCCUUAUCCGAGGAGACGAGGGAUUUAUGUAAAGAGCUAGCGUUUGACCUCUUUGGAAAGAAAAUACACAAAAACACACACCA